AUGGCCUUUCGAAGAUGGUCCAGUGUUGAAGCUCAGAGUUGCAAGCCUAGCGGCAUGAUAAGGGGAAAAAAGCCUCCACCAGGACAAUGUAACAAAGAGAACAACUCGGAUUGUUGUGUGCAAGGCAAGCCUUAUACCGUUUAUACGUGUUCACCCCCUGUGUCUAGACAUACAAAGGCGACACUAACCAUCAAUAGCUUUCAGAAAGGUGGGGAUGGUGGUGGACCAUCGGAAUGCGACAACAAGUAUCACCCUGAUGAUACUCCUGUGGUAGCACUGUCAACUGGAUGGUUCAACAAUAAGCAAAGGUGUUUGAAUUAUAUCACCAUAUAUGGCAAUGGAAGGAGCGUCAAGGCCAAGGUAGUUGACGAGUGUGAUUCCACUAUGGGGUGUGAUGCCGACCAUGAUUACCAACCUCCAUGUCCUAACAACAUUGUUGAUGCCUCUAAAGCAGUUUGGAAGGCUUUGGGAGUACCAGAAUGUGAUUGGGGUGAAUUAGAUAUUUAUUGGUCUGAAACUUGCAAACCCAGCGGUAAGCUAAAGGGGAAAAGGACUCCUCCUGGGCAGUGUAAUAAAAAGAACGACGCUGAUUGUUGCGUGCACGGCAAGUCUUACACCAUUUACAAGUGUUCACCAUCGGUGUCUAGCCAUACAAAGGCCAAGUUAACUAUCAACAGCUUUGAGAAAGGUGGGGAUGGUGGUGGACCAUCAGAAUGUGACAACAAGUAUCAUUCAAAUAACACUCCCGUGGUGGCACUGUCAACAGGGUGGUUCAACAAUAAGAAGAGAUGUUUGAAUUAUAUCACAAUCCACGCCAAUGGUAGGAGUGUCAAGGCCAAGGUGGUAGACGAGUGCGAUUCUACCACAGGAUGUGAUGCCGAACAUGCUUAUCAACCUCCGUGUCCUAACAACAUUGUUGAUGGCUCUAAAGCCGUUUGGAAGGCUUUAGGAGUGCCAGAAAGUGAUUGGGGUGAAUUAGAUAUUUAUUGGUCUGAUGCUUAA